AUGGAAGCUGCAAGUGUUGGGGAAGGGGGAGCAAAGGGAGGGAAGGGAGCAGGACGGGUUACUAAGAGAGGGGGUAAGCACUACUGGCAGAAGGAAGCUGCCAGGAAGUUACUCAUAGCUCUGAACGAGCUCUGUUCUGUGAAGUACGCUUUCAUGCUUGUGCUUGCUGACAUGGCAGCUGAGGUGGCACGAUGCCAUGCCAAAUAUGGUGUUGGGAACACGUGGGGUCAUCAGUGGAGUGAGGUGGACGGGGCAGAGGAGGAGGAGGAGGAGGAGGAGGGGGAGGAGCAGGGGGAAGGGGAAGGGGAGGAUGAGGGAAACGAACAGGAGGAAAGUGGGGAGGACGGUGGGGAGGGAGAAGAGGAGGAGUGGGAGGAGUGGGAAGUUGAAGUGGGAGGUGCAGUGGAGGAGUUGAGGGAGAGUAUGCAAGCCAUGCUGGUCAACGCCACACCGCCACAGCUGUACGGUGAGUGCAGUGCUGUUUGUACGGUUGAGUGCGGUGCACUACAUGCGAGAGUGGGAGGAGUGGGGAGGCGUAGAGGGAGGAGUGGUGAGGAGUUGAGUGAGAGUAUGCAAGCCAUGCUGGUCAACGCCACACCCCCACAGCUGUACGGGCUACUGCAGGAGUUCCUGUCGUCCCGCUUUAAGGAGGUUUCUGCGUGCAUGCGCCCACUUUACACUGAGGAUGAUGACGAGGAGGAGGAGGAAGAAGAGGAGGAGGAUGAGGAGGAGGAUGAGGAGGAGGAAGAUGAAGGGAAGGAAGGAGAGGAGGAGGACGACGGGGAAGGGGAGGAGGAGGAGGCAGGGAAUUUAGAAGAAUCAGCAGAAAAGAGACAGUCAAAUCCACUGGGAACAUCUAGCACUCCUGUGGUUCCCACGACUACCGCAGGUGGGGAGAGGUAUCACCAGCACCCAGGUGAAAGACUCACACCUUUACUGAACGCUGAAAGUCAGAACAUGCUCAGAAGCUUCCCUGGGUAUGGGGAAGAGGAGGCGGGGAGCGAGGGCAAGGGGAGAGGACCGAGGAGGCGACUGGAGGAUGAAAUGGCUGCACUUGAAGCGAGGGGGAGAGGGGUAGUAGAGGGGGGAGUGGGAGACAGAGGAGAGGCGUCUGAAGCGGCGGCAGUGAGCGGAGCGGAGCAGGAGAUGCUUGCAGCGGUUCUGGAUGGCUUGCUGGGCUCUGCUGCUGGCACGGGUGGGAGAGAGAGGGAUGGGCAUAGGGAGGGAAGGUUUGGAGGGCGAGAGAGUAUCGAAGGCUAUGGGGCCGAGGGUGAAGGGGAGGAGGGUGGGGACGGGGAGGACGGUGGGGACGGUAAGGCUUAUGGGAACAGUGGGGCUUCUGGGGAGGGGGGGAAGGCAGACUCGCCUGUGUAUUGGGCGGGGCGGUUGGAGGAGAGGAUGGGGCGGGCAUGGGUGUGGCGCGUGCAGCAAGUGAUGUGUGCUCUGGGGUUCUCAGGGCUGUCGUUCCUGUCUCAUGCUGUGCUGUCUGCUGUGCUGCUCUCCCGUCUCAAGGCGCAUGUGCAUCGAUCGGCAGGAGCUGUUUUCGACCGUCGGAUCCUCCCCCGCCUGCACCGGUGGCUGCAGGUCACUGCCCUGCCCUUCGUUACUAUCACCACCUGUACUGUCACCUCUAAGACCAGCACCACCGGUACUAGCACCAGCAGAGGUGAUUCCUCUGCCAUCUCCAGCCGUAGUUCUCGCGUGUCAGAUCCGAUCUCAGCCGCACAUCUUCGGCAGUGGCACGCGUGGUUGCGCCACGUGGCGGGCAGGGAGCUGUGUUCAGUGCGUACAGAACAGCUGUUUGACAUCAUAGUCGAUUACCCCGACGCCACCCCUGCCCUCCUCGACCUUAAAGACUGUCUCGAGAAUCGCGGUGCUGCUGCUGACUCCAAUGGUUUUGGCGCUGGUGUUGCCACUGGGGCUGACGCCCGUGCUGCUGCUGGCGUCACUGCUGCCCUUGCGGCUGCUGCUCCGCCUCUCAUUGCUCUCGUGGCCACACAAGGAGGGAGUGGGUUGAGAGGCCUGACAAGUCUGGAUGGCGUGGGAGAAGCCAUUGGAGUAGAUGGGGUAGGUCUGGGAGGGGGAGGUGGUGGUGGCAGUGGCGGUGGUGGGGGAAGCGCCUAUGCCAGGCUGGUUGCGUCGUUCCGGACGGCACUGGCCAAUCGGCUGCUGACAGCUGGCGCGUCGACGGCGGAUAUCCUGCAGCAGUAUGUGUCGGCGAUACGGGCUCUGAGGCUGGUGGACCCGUCGGGGGUGGUGUUGGAGGCAGUCAAAAGUGAGUGCUGUGGUGGUAGGGGCGAGAACAGUGGUAUGCUGGACACACUCCAUUCGGGCUCUGCGGCUGGUGGACCCAUCAGGAGUGGUGCUGGAGGCAGUCAGGACACCAUUCGCUGCAUCAUGACUCUGCUGACUCAGCAUCCUUCUGCAGCGCCAGGUGGUGCCAUCAAGGGCGCUGCUGACGUGGCAGAUGACGUGGCAGGGGAGGCGGGGGACCCGGGUGACCUGUCACUGCUGGAGGAGCUAAGCCGGGCAGCAGAAGGGGGCGAGGGGGAGGCGGGGGGGAGUGGGGAGGGGGAGGAGGAAGGGGCAGGCUUGGGGGAAGAUCUGUCUGCGGCUUAUGCUGCUGCUGAGCGCUGGCAGCCAGACCCCAUCGAUGCAGACCCCUGGCAGUCCUUGGGCCAAGCGCAGAGGGCGAGGGACAUAGUGCGCGUGCUGGCAGGGGUGUUUGGGUCGCGGGAGGUGCUGCUGGGGGAGUAUCGAGGUAUGCUGGCGGAGAGGCUGGUGGGGCGCGCUGGGUACCACACUGACCGGGACGUGCGCACUCUGGAGCUGCUUAAGCUUCGUUUCGGCGAGUCCAACCUACAUGCCUGUGAGGUGAUGCUGAGAGACAUGGCGGACUCAAAGCGCAUCAACGGCAACGUGAAGGCAGCCAUGCGGCAGGCAAGGGAGGAGGCUCGGGACUUGGCAGAGGCGCGUUCUAAUAUUGCUCGCUCGAAAGCCAUCAUGAGAAGACGAGGCCUAUCAGUGGUGGGGGCAGGGAGGGGAGCAGCAACGGCACAGAGAGAAAGCAGGGGCGCGGGGGGAGAUGUAUCUGUGGCAGGUGUAUCUGGAUCGGGUGUAUCUGGGUCAGGCUCAUCUCCAUGGUCGCAGGCACACACACCAGAGCACUUGGUGGUGAGGGGCAUGGCAUCGUUCUCCACCCCUCCAGACCGACCUGGGAGAGGAGGAGAAGGGGGGGAGGGAGGAGGAGGGGGAGGGAUUGUGGGAGGGGCGUCACAGUGGUUCACUCCAGAAUCGUUUGCUUCUCCUCCUCCGCCCGCUGCUCCAGCACAGGCUCUUACUGCACUUCUCUUCCUUUACCUCUCUCCGUUUUCCCCUUGUCCCUUUACUUUUGCCUGUAACCUUUUCCCCUUUGCCACAUUGUUCCCUGUCCUCUUUUUCCUUUGUCUCUCCACCCACUCCACCCUUUCAUCUGCUGCCCCUGCUUCCCUUGUGGCCCCUCUCACCCGCACAUUCACCUCCCCAGAUUCUUCAGGGGCAGCUGCACCUCCUCCUCGGGCAGCCCGGCCAAAUCUUCUGUCCCGCUGGGCCCGCCUCCGCCCAGACCUCCGCACACCGACUUUUUCCGGAGACCGUUCCGCAGAUCGCGGGCAGCCCGGAAAUUCUUCUCGGACUCCCGGCCAAUCAGGCGACGGCAGUUCAGCCAUGGGCGGCAAUAGGGGCAGCGGGAGAGGCGGGCAGGGGGGGUUCUGGGAUGUUAUGGAUGCUCUGGGGGGGGAGGGAGGGGGAGAAGAGAACGCAGAGAGAGGGGGGAUUGGGGAGGAGGAGGAGGUGGAGAUGGAAGGAGGGGAGGAGGAAGAGGAGGGUAAGCCGGAGGAGACGGAGGAGUUGCUAGAAGCAGAGAAUCUGGACGCUACGAUUGUCUCGGCACUCUUCUGGCCGGCUUUCCAGGAGGAAUCGGUGCGGUUACCAGCACCGGUAACCAAGCUGAUGGAGGAGUAUUCAACCAACUAUGCUACGCUGAAAGCGCCACGCAAGCUGCAGUGGAAGGCGAACCUGGGGUGCGUUACAAUCGAGCUGGAGUUUGGUAACGGGCGUAACACGCAGCAGUACACCGUAACACCCGUUCAGGCGGCCAUUAUCCUUAAAUUUCAAACGGCCAGAGCAGGAGAGGAGAAACGGGCGGAAUCUGCAGGUGAUGGUGUGGAAAACGGUGAAGGUAAUAAGGAGGACGAGGCGAAACCGCAGUGGGCGGCAUCUGAGCUGGCGGCAGCCGUGGGUCUGUCGGUGCCUGUGCUGCGUCGGCGAAUCACAUUCUGGGUGAAUCACGGCGUGAUAGUCGAAUCGGUCGCGACCAAUCGGUCACCUCCGGAACCUCUUUUCACAGCUGUGGAUUACCAAGUCGACCCUGCUUCUGCUGGUGCUGCCGGUGAUGCUGGUGGGGAUAGAGAUGGUGAUGCUGAUGCCGCCACUGCUGCUGGUGGUGACGGUGCUGGGCUCGGUGGGUUGCGAGGGGAAGGAGAGGGGGAGGAUAUGGUAGCAGGCGGAGAGUUGCUGAUCGGGGAUGAUGGUGAGGAGGAGGAGGGGGGAGGCAUGGUGGCAUCGUUGGAAGCGCAGAGGAAGCAGGAGAGUGCGGUGCACGAAUCGUUCAUAACGGGCAUGCUCACCACGUUCGACGGCCUCCCUAUAGAGCGCAUCCACAACAUGCUCAAGAUGUUUGUGUCGGACCCGCCGUAUGAUCGCUCGCUGGCGCAGCUGCACGCCUUUCUGGGGGUGCUGGUGGCGCAGGAGAAACUGGAGCUCAGGGAUGGGUUAUAUCGCAAGAAGAAGUAG